GCUGCAGAAUGACAUUGUUUACUCACAUAAUUAGAUUUCAGUGAGAAAAAUAUCCCAGUGGCUAUAGCUGCCCAUGUCUUGCAUAAAAUUUGAGAAGCAGAGGGGGAAAAGUUGCUCUGAGGGUGCAGGUGGAGUGGCUGUCUGCUGAGUUUGAACAGCAAUACACGAGGACUAUUAGAAGAGCUGAACACAAAGCGGUUCAGCUGAUGGAGUCCUUGAAAGAGCGCUUUAGUGAUCAGAUACAUUAAUGUGCUGUACCUCCCCAUAAGUUUUGGGGAAUGUUAGGAAUUGGAAUGUACAUUACUGACUAUCACACUGUCUUUUAAUGACCCUAUAUAUUAUGUGGUGCUUACAGUAUGUGUAUAAUUACUAUAUGUUUUCCACUCAACUUACGAGUUUUGUGGUCCUGUUCAAUUACAGUGAAUGUAUGCUUUUGGUAGUGCUAUGAUUUUAGCUGAUUUCUCUCUCCUGAGGGUAACACAGGCAUAGAGCACAACUUCUUCUGAUGUCCUGAAGCUGUAGAGGCCUGUAUGCCACUAGCCCAGUGGUGCCAGCCAAAGUCACUGUGGAGCGGCAUGGGAAAGUGUCCUACCAUGAAGGAAGAAAUAAGGCAGCCAUCCCUAGAAAUCUUCAGGAGAGGGUUGCAGAGUACCUUCAUGAAAGUUUCAUGGAGAUCUCACGAGGACGACCCAAGGGACAUCCCUCUGUACAUGAACUACUCCUCAUGUCCCACCUCCCAUCCAACGCUACAGGGAAAUUAAAAGCAGAUAACACUACCUCUGUUUGCUGGCAUUUCCAAUCUUGGCUGUAAUGUAUACAUGAAAAGUUAGGCAUGCACCACUGUUAUCUUCAACAUGCAGUUCAGACUCUGCACCAGUACCAGCAUGGCCCCAAAGGGAUCAGACGUUUACUGUCACCAGGGAAGCAUCACUGGUUCAUCCUGCAUUCUAGAGCAGUCUGAGACCUACGUUUCCCCAGAAGAUGUUUUUGCUUUCCUUUGUCCUCAAUCUCAUUUCAAGUCUGACUUUAGAGAGAGACAUUGUUACAUCAGAAGAAGAUGUCACCUUGAGGACAUGGGUCUGCUCUCCUCUUCCAUCUGCAAACCUGAGUACCCGUCCAUUGGUAACAGUGAUUCAGCUGGUCGACCGAGAACCAAUCUUCUCAUACGAUAAGUUGGAGGACCCAGAUGAGACUUCAGCCCUACAUAGGGAAGUGAGUCUGGACAGAAGCCUGAGGUUCCAUUCUCCAUCCAGAUAUGAUUUUUCUAAGGGACCCUUGGAAUUGAGACUGAAAUUGCUUGUUUGCCUGCAAAAACUAGAACAAAAUCAUGCUGAUAUAAUGAAGGUUUUUAAUGAUCCUAUUCACGGCCAUAUUGAAAUACAUCCUCUCCUCGUUCGAAUCAUUGACACACCUCAGUUUCAACGCCUGCGAUAUAUAAAACAGCUGGGAGGUACUUACUAUGUUUUCCCAGGAGCAUCACACAACCGCUUUGAACACUCCUUGGGGGUAGGCUAUCUGGCAGGAUGUCUGGUCCGGGCAUUACACGAAAGACAGCCAGAGCUGGAAAUAAACCAGCGAGAUAUACUCUGUGUUCAGAUUGCUGGACUUUGUCACGAUUUGGGUCAUGGACCAUUUUCACACAUGUUUGAUGGAAGAUUUAUUCCACUUGCUCGCCCAGGUCUGAAAUGGAAGCAUGAAACUGCUUCUGUUCAGAUGUUUGAACACCUGAUUACUUCCAAUGGGCUAGAAAAAGUCAUGGAAGAUUAUGGUUUUGUCCUGAAAGAAGAUAUGGACUUCAUCAAAGAACAAAUAGGAGGACCCCUAGAUACAACCCCAUGUCGGGGUUUGUGGCCAUACCGUGGUCGACCAGAAGAGAAAAACUUCCUUUAUGAGAUAGUGGCUAACAAAAGAAAUGGCAUCGAUGUUGACAAAUGGGAUUACUUUGCCAGGGAUUGCCAUCACUUAGGAAUCCAGAAUAAUUUUGAUUAUAAGCGCUUCCUUAAAUUCGCUCGGGUCUGUGAAGUGAAAAACAAGAAGCAUAUCUGUACCCGUGACAAGGAGGUUGGAAAUCUGUAUGACAUGUUCCAUACACGGAAUUGUUUGCACCGCAGAGCUUACCAACACAAGGUUGGCAACAUCAUUGAAACAAUGAUUACAGAUGCCUUUCUAAAAGCAGAUCCCUAUAUUAAAAUAGAGGGCACUGGUGGAAAACACUACAAGAUUUCUACAGCAAUGGAGGAUAUGGAAGCGUACACUAAGCUAACAGAUAACAUCUUUCUGGAGAUUCUGUACUCCAGUAAUAAAGAGCUGGCUGAGGCACGAGAAAUUUUGCGUAAAAUAGAGCUUCGUGAUCUAUAUAAGUAUUUAGGAGAGACUCGGACUGAACCAGGAAAAGAAAUUACAGAGGAUCAGUAUGACACGCUGCCAGCUGACAUUGCUGCUUCCAGACCAAAGAAUGCACCUCAGGAUGUUGAAUUGAAUGCUGAAGACUUUAUAGUUGACGUUAUUAAUAUGGACUAUGGAAUGAAAGAACAGAACCCUAUCGAUAAAGUUCGCUUCUAUUGCAAGUCUGACCCGAGCCAGGCAGUCAAGAUUUCGAAAGAACAGGUUUCCAGGCUUCUGCCAGAGACAUUUGCAGAGCAGCUGAUCCGUGUUUAUUGCAAGAAAAAGGAUGAGAAGAGUUUAGAUGCUGCAACAAAGUGUUUUAUUCAGUGGUGUAUGAACAAGGAUUUUACAAAACCACAGGAUGGUGAUGUGGUCGCCCCUGAACUAACUCCAAUGAAAGCAAGCUGGAACGACCCUGACGAGGAUGAACUGCAAAGUCCAAAUGACCGCAGGGAAGCUUCAAAAUCCAGAACCAGACUCUCUUUCAAUAACUGAUUUGCAAAUGGAGUUUAUUUGCUAUAUUUAAAGCCUUUCCAGUAAGUUUUGUGCUGUCCCUUCUAUCCCGUUAAAAGAUACUUGAAAGGGAACAGCACAUUGUAUAAAACCUACUUGAAAGCUUUACAGAACAAGUUUACCAGAGUGCAUUUUUUUAGGUUCCUGUGUGUUUCCUGUACGUAACAUAGUGAUUUAAAUGCCCUGUGAGCAUUGACAUUCAAAGGGGAAUUUUAUAUGUGAUCAGUGAUUACUUGCAGCAGAGCAAACACUGCUGUUCUAGUUUUUGACUUGAAUAUAUGGUGCUGUGUAGCAAGAGUUCCUUUAAAAAUGAAGGCUUUUGAAAUACCCCAAACUCCUAUAAAAUUCCAGAAGGAAAUUAGUAUUUUACCGUUGUUGUAGUGUAGCUAGCAUUGCACUUCAGCACAAUUAUGACUUCCCUAAAAUCAGAGAAAUGUGAGCAGCAAGUGCCCAGCUCCCUUUACUGGGGCAAAUGACAUAGAUAAAAGAGAGAAAAAAAUUGGAAAGAUCUGUGCUACGUCCCCUAGAUCCCUUUCUUUUAAGAUAAUCGUGAUGUCACAUGUUCUGACAGAGCAAAGCCUAUAGCUCAGGUUUCUUAAGCCUUACUGAAAUGAAAAGGGAUCAGUGAGAUGUGGCCUUUUUUUUUUUUUUAAUGCUGUUUUUUUUAGAUUGUGUUUUUGUGGCUUAACAAUCACUUUUUCCUGCCAUUUAAAUGUUCUUUCCCCUGGUUCUUUUCAUAUAGCACAAAUGGGGUGGGGACCAGAUUUGACUACUGACAAAUGGCUGUCCAAUACAAAGAGCAAACAAACUAGGCAGGUUUUUCCUCCAAUCUCACUUGGAGAUCCCUUCCAAAGAAAUUAAGUAAAAAAAAAAAAUCUUUGUACACAAAUGGGAUUUUUAAGUUUCUUGUGUCCUUUUUUUAAAAGUAGUACCUGAAACCUGAAGAAAACAAACUUGACCUCUUUUUCUGAAUCUUUGCCUUUAGAAGUCAGAUGUUAGUCACUAGUGGGUCUGAAUACAAAAUCAGUGCCAUAAGAAGUCUUCAUGGAGAGUCCAGGUUUGUUACAUGAGAUUAAUUAAACUGUCCCUUCUAGAGGUGGCAUCUAAUAAUCACCAGAUGAAGGCAAGGGAAUUUAUCAUGCUAUAAUUCUUCUGGUCUGCUGCUCUCUUAAUAUGCACAAGCCCAUGUGUUCACCAGAGGGGGGUGUUGUACAAACCCCAUUUUCAGUGCACUACCAGUGAUUCAGAUCUACAGGUGUAUGAAAUGGCUGUUAGAAAUCUUCACUGACUUGGGAAGCAUAUCUCUAACUGUUCUGGAAUAAGCCUUUUGUACUUGACUUCAUCAGACAGAAAGAGUGAAGCAAUUGUGCUAAAACCCUGUGAUUCAAGGCAAGUUGAAACAUUACAUACAGAAUAAUGUAUUCAUUUCACAGCUGUCACUUCAAUGUAUUCGCUUAUUUGAAACUAUUCUAAAAGAUGUUCUGUAGAAAAUAUUUUGCUUGAGAGUAUUGUGCUGUUUGCUUUUGAAAGGUGAAACUUUAUCUGUGAACUGUAUCCUUUUUUUUUUUUUUUUUUCUUGAAAGAGUUCGAACUGACUGAGCCUGAGUUGACUGAAAAAGAAUGUAUACAAAUAUUUUAAUACAACUUUUUUAAUGGAA